CCCAUCGAUUGAAUUCAGGAGACAAGAUUAUUCCACAAUUUUAACGUUAUUUAUUACCAUUAUUCCUCUUCUUCUCCCUUCUCGAACUCGAUUUCCUGCAGAUUUUUCUGGGAAUCAUCACAAAUUCUUCAAGAAUUUUCCUCAACUUGGUGCUCUAAAAAAGGUUUUCAUGGAAUCUCCACAAUCUGUUGUUUCACCAUUCGAGACCUCCGCUGUGUAUUCCCAUCCCAGAAACCCGAAUCUCGAUCUGUUUACAAAAACUCCGGGUUUCCUAACGAAAGCAAACGAACUGUUUAUCGGUGUUCUUGAGGUUUGCAUUCAUCAAGCUAGAGACAUUCAGAACAUCUGUAUAUACCAUAAACAAGAUGUUUAUGCCAAGAUUUGCUUCACUAGUAAUCCCGAAAAGGCCGUGACCACUCAGACCGUCAACGGGGGCGGAAAAAAUCCGAUCUUUAACGAAACCCUCAAAAUUAACGUCCCAACGGUCGAUUCUUCGCUUAAAUGCGAGAUCUUUAUGUUGAGCAGGGUGAGAAAUUAUCUUGAAGAUCAGUUGUUAGGGUUUGCUUUGAUCCCUUUAUCUGAAAUCUUGAUCAAGAAUGGGAAACUCGAAAAGGAGUUCACUUUAUCGUCCACGGAUCUUUUCCAUUCCCCGGCGGGUUUCGUUGACUUAUCUUUGUCGUACGCCGGAGCCUCACCGGAUGUGAUCGCCAUCCCCCCGCCACCUGCCGCCAAUGGAACUGUGACUGAUUCAGAACCACUGAAAUGUGACUCGAGUGAGUUCGACAGAAUCGAGUUCCCGGAUCCCAAUUUAGCAAAUGAAAACCAUAUGAUGGUUUCUGAAUAUUUCGGUCUUAGCUCCGAAAGUUUGGUCUCGUCCGACACCGAUGAUCAAGUCGACGCACCCCAUUUCGGCUUCUCGAAUGCCAUCGAGACACCAAAACCCGACUCUCCACCCACGAGCGUGUCCACUAACGGAUCCGAAUGUGCUUCGGCUCCCAUUGUAACCACCAAAUCUGCAAAUCAAGAAUAUGAUUCGCCUCUAAAGGAAAAACCCGCAGAAGACGGUGAUGCCGAGAGGCGUUCUUUGGGCGGCGAUCCGAUAACGAAGAACGUGGUGGUGGUGAACAUCAAGCCCGAACAGGAGGUGGUUCAGCAAGAUUUUGUGGAUUUAUAUAUGAAGAGUAUGCAACAGUUUACGGAAUCGCUGGCUAAGAUGAAGCUGCCGUUGGACGUGGAAAGGGAGCAGACCGAUUCGGGAAACUCGAGCUCAGAUCAGAAGAUACCGACACCGAAUAGCACACAGUCUCGAGUGUUUUACGGGAGUCGGGCUUUCUUCUAAAGCUUUCGGAUCAGCGGGGCAUGAUUCACAGGUGACAUUUAGAGAUUUAGAAUCAAAAGAACUGAUGAUUAAUACUGCUUUAGUUUAUGAUGUUGUUUUAAUGCAUGUAAUUAUGGAUCUUUAUGUUUUAACACCUCUGUUUUUGAGAUUUGAGUUUAGUUCUUGUUCUUCUAUGGAUGGUAUUCAUUAUGAAUAGUUGUGAAUUUGAACAUCUUCACAUGUGAA